AUCUCACCGAUUAAUGUUUUACGCUGCAGAUUGAUGAUGUGGUGAAGAUCCAGGCAUUCAUCAGAGCCAACAAGGCGAGAGAUGACUACAAGACUCUGAUCAAUGCUGAAAAUCCCCCAAUGGCGGUGGUGAGGAAGUUUGUCCACCUGCUGGAUCACAGCGACCAGGACUUCCAGGAGGAGCUGGAGCUGAUGCGGCUCCGUGAGGAGGUGGUCACAAACAUCCGCUCCAACCAGCAGCUGGAGAACGACUUGAACCUGAUGGACAUCAAGAUCGGCCUGCUGGUGAAGAACAAGAUCACCCUUCAGGAGGUGGUGUCCCACAGCAAGAAGCUGACCAAGAAGAAUAAGGGCCAGUUGUCCGACAUGAUGAUGAUGAACAAGCAGAGGGGGGGCCUGAAGGCUCUCAGCAAGGAGAAGAGAGUCAAGCUUGAGGCCUAUCAGCAUCUCUUUUACCUUUUACAGACCAACCCGACAUAUUUGGCCAAGUUGAUCUUCCAGAUGCCACAGAAUAAAUCUACAAAGUUCAUGGACUCUGUCAUCUUCACCCUGUAUAACUACGCCUCAAACCAGAGGGAGGAGUACCUGCUCCUGAAGCUCUUCAAAACUGCUCUGCAGGAGGAGAUUAAGUCAAAAGUGGACCAGAUGAAGGAGAUUGUAACCGGAAAUCCAACAGUAAUCAAGAUGGUGGUGAGCUUCCACAGAGGCGCACGAGGACAGAACGCACUGAGGCAGAUCCUGGCACCUGUGGUCAAAGAGAUUAUGGACGACAAAACGCUAAACAUCAAGACGGACCCAGUGGACAUCUACAAAGGCUGGGUGAACCAGAUGGAGUCGCAGACUGGAGAAGCGAGUAAGCUGCCUUAUGACGUCACUCCAGAACAAGCCAUGACUCAUGAGGAGGUUAGGACGAGACUGGAGGCCUCCAUCAAGCACAUGAAGAGCAUCACUGAUAAAUUCCUGUCAGCGAUAAUUGUCUCUGUGGAUAAAAUUCCAUAUGGAAUGCGGUUCAUCUCCAAGGUGCUAAAAGACACUCUACAAGAGAAGUUCCCAGAUUCUACGGAGGAUGAGCUGCUCAAGAUCGUGGGGAACCUUUUGUAUUACCGCUACAUGAACCCUGCUAUUGUAGCACCUGAUGCCUUCGACAUUAUUGAGGUGUCUGCUGGUGGUCAGCUUACCACUGAGCAAAGAAGGAACCUGGGUUCUGUGGCCAAGAUGCUUCAGCACGCUGCGUCCAACAAGAUGUUCCUGGGAGACAACGCUCACCUCAACCCCAUCAACGAAUAUCUCAGCUCCUCCCACCAGAAGUUCAGGCGUUUCUUUUUGUCUGCAUGUGACGUUCCCUCACUUGAAGAUAAAUUCAAUGUGGACCAGUACUCAGACUUGGUCACGGUCACCAAACCUGUCAUCUACAUCUCCAUUGGAGAGAUCAUAAACACUCACACUCUGCUGCUGGAUCACCAGGACGCCAUUGCACCUGAACACAAUGACCCCAUCCAUGAGCUGCUCACGGACCUGGGGGACGUUCCCACUGUGGAGUCUCUUAUUGGUGAAAAUCCCCUUCCUCCAGACGAUCCCAACAAAGAGCUGAUGGGAAAGACGGAGGUCUCACUCACGCUCACCAACAAGUUUGACGUUCCUGGUGAGGCCAAUACAGAGAUGGACGCCAAGACUCUCCUGCUCAACACCAAGAGGCUGAUUGUGGAUGUCAUCCGGUUCCAGCCUGGAGAGACUCUGACUGAGAUCCUGGAUUCAACAGCGUCUCCAGAGCAGGAAGCGGAGUACCAGCGCGCUAUGCAGAGGAGAGCCAUCAGGGAUGCAAAGACCCCAGAGAAGAUGAAGCAGGUGAAGCCGGUGGUGGACGACAGCCUGACCCUGCAGGGCAAAAAGGACAAGAUCAAGAGCAACCUGCAGCGGCUGGCCGAGCUCGGGAAGGUCCACCCGGAGAACCGCUACCAGGACCUCAUCAAUGACAUCGCCAAGGACAUCAGGAACCAGAGACGGUAUCGGCAGCGCAGGAAAGCCGAGCUGGUGAAGCUUCAGCAGACCAACUCGGGCCUGAAUUCAAAAACCACCUUCUACAACAUGCAGAUCGAUUCCUACAACCAGUACAUCAAGACGUGCAUGGACAACCUGGCCAGCAAGGGCAAGUUGUCAAGGAAACCAGGCGACAACAAGGCCAAGAAGAGUAAGCAGGUUGCCCAGAAAUACACAGCAGCUCGGCUGAAGGAGAAGGGAGUUCUGAUCUCAAUAGAUGAUCUGCAGCCCAACCAAUAUAAGAAUGCGAUCUUUGAGAUCUCUCCCUCCGAGACGGUUGGCGUGUUCGACGUGAAGGCCAAGUUCAUGGGCGUGCAUUUGGAGACGGUGUCAUUAGAAUAUCAGGAUCUCCUCCAGCUGCAGUAUGAAGGCGUGGCGGUGAUGAAGCUCUUCGACAAGGCCACCGUCAACGUCAACCUGCUCAUCUUCCUGCUCAACAAGAAAUUCUACGGGAAAUAGAAAGAAAAGAAAAGGAGCAAAGAGCUACAGACACUGAAAUGAAACAGAACCUGGGGGCUGCCUUAACGCCUGCUCUCACUGCACCUCUCUUUUCUGCCUAUGCAAAUUUCUGUGCAUUAUUUUUAUUUUGUUUUUUUAUAAAUAUAUCAGGUGCGUCUCCAUGCGCUCUUUUGUCCAAGUUUCUCAUGCAUCUCAUUGCAUAGCUGCAGCAAAGUCAGAUUUGUAUUUUUUGCUUGAAUUAUUCUGAAUAUCUUGUACACGGGCUUUGAUUUGUUAUUGAGAUUAUUUUAUGUAAAGAUGUUUUUUCCCAGCUGUCAGUUUACCUACUCAGUCCAGAUCCAUUGAGCAUCAGUAGAAAAAUACAUGGCAGCAUUUUGAAGCCCAGGCUUUUAUCUGCACCGAGCUCUUCCUGCUGCUCCUAACACAAAUAUGUUUUGAAGGGAAAUGAUAGAUUAGCUCCAGUUUUGGAUAUGACAUUCACCCCAAACUGUACAAAAGUGGUGAAUAUUUGAUGAGGAAAAUCUAAAUAUUUCUCUAUUUUAGACGUAUGGACAAUAAAUAUUGGCACUAAUCUGACCUCUUAGUGUUUUCCAUGUUUCUUGAAGCAGGCGGAGUCCAAACCUUUGCUCAGAUGGACUCGUCAAUCAGCUUUUUGAAACAUUAUUUUAUAUAUUUGAAUAUAUGAAUAUAUAUCCACUUUAGUCCAUUUAUCUUCUGAUUAAAGCAGGUCUGUGAUUGCUGCAGUGAAGACAUGUCUGCUGAUUUGCAAAGACUCUGUUGUAUUUUAACUGAAAAAUGCAUCAAAGUUGUCUUUAUUUAUAUUUUAUAUGUUGUCAGUUUCCAUUAAAUGAUAGCUUAUGUUUGCUAAGCCUGAGACGGAUCUCUUGCAUGAGCUCAAGGAUGUUCAGUAUUACAUUGAUAAAAUGUGGGGAGGAGGAGUCCAGCAGAUGGCGCUGCACACCAUCCAGUUUUCCCGGCGAUCAUUUGAUUUCGCCUGAAACUCGGACUCUGUGUGGACUCGGUUAUCUGGAUGUUAAAUUUUCAGUCUGUAAAGUUGUCGGUCGGUGGCGCUGUCUGCAGCCCAGACUGUGAUGUACUCUCCCUGUUUUAGAAUAAAGCUCUUUAAAUGCA